CUGAAGAUACCAGGGGACAUGCUGGCUUUGCUCCCAAACUCAGAUUAACUGGCUCUAGCUGCAGUUCAUUUACUGAAAGAGUGAAAUUAAUUCACCGGAAAAGAAGGCAAAGGGUUUUUCCACCACCCCUCAGGCAUUGUUAGUGAGUGAUCCCAGCCUCUCUCAUUUAAUUCUAACACACCCUAAAGAAACCAUUAUUAUUCUGUCAAAAGAGGCUUUAAAUAUUGCCUCACGUCCUGCAUGCAACAGUAUUGCCAUGUACAGAUCCUGUCCUGACAAUUCCACACACAAACAUCAGCCUGGCAAGCAGAACAUACUCUUAGACAGAAUGGGUGUUUUCUCUCAAGAGUAAUAUAUACUGUGCAUCUCCCCCGGUCCUCUUUCCCUCUCCUCCAGGUUUCAUUGCAGGCUGUGUAUCAGUGCAAAAGAUACAUGACGCUUGAAUCUGAUUCUCAUUCAUGCCCAUGUAAUUUAGAGACAACUUCCAUUCAGGUCAGUAGAAUUGUACCUUUGAACAAACGAUGGGAAAUCAGAAUUGGGCCUGUGGUUUGGACUGGAGCAUAUCCCUGAGUUUGGGAGGCUUUUAAGCUGAGGGUGCUGUGUUGGUCUGGUUAGUUCAGCCAUCGUUAUUUCGAUUAGCUGAAAUCAUAAGCCUGUGCUUGCCCAAAAAUAUAAUUACAUUCCCCUCCCCCCGUUUUGUAAUGGCUUUGUUUUAGAUUCCUAGUAAUGCUAUGUUGAUGGCAGAGAGCCAGUUCUAGGCUGAUUUUUUUGUGGAGUGGUGGUGGUGGGGGGAGAAUGCAGCAGAUUGGUUUGUCAGCAAUCCCUGUUUUGCUUUGGAGUUUUAAAGGACAGAAACGUUCUUCCAGCUCCGCUAAUCCUCCUCUGAUACAGAGGAUUUUCCUGCCAUUAAAUGAUAGCUUUGGAGGGGAAAAAAUGCCAACUCUUCAGAGAUGGACCAGUAGAACUAAUGGCCAGGUCCAGAGAAGGAUGGCGGAUGCGGCCAUUGCUCCAUUAGGCACAUUUCAGUGGUUCACCUCAUGUUAAAGAUUUGGGCAAGCCCUUGCUGAAAAGCCCUGUGAAGAAUAGUACAAAACCGAAGUGUGCACUGAAAAGAUCCCAGAAGUUUACUUGCCAGACCUGAAAUGCCACAAGUGAAUAAUCAAGGUGAUGUUUGUCAUCAUUUUAAAUGUCAUUCUGUGUAUCCCUCACAUCCAUGCUGUGUGGGCCUGCGUACGUUCCUGCCCUGCCAACUGCGUGUGCACCCAGGAGCGGAGCUGUUCCGUCCUGUGUGACCGUGCCGGCCUUCUGCAGAUCCCCAGCGACUUCCCCUGUGAAGCCUCCUCUAUCAACCUGGAUAAAAACAGUAUUAAAUUCGUCUCAGAGAGGGCCUUUGGGACCCUGCCUUCCCUCAAAUCUCUCUCACUCCAGCACAACAACAUCUCCUUCAUCACUCCCGGGGCUUUCAAAGGGCUUCCCAGGUUGACUGAGCUUAAAAUGGCUCACAACGAAUACAUCCGCUACCUGCACACUCGCACUUUCACUGCCCUCAGAAGGCUUGUCAGACUAGACCUUGCUGACUGCAACCUUUUCAACAUCCCAGACAGGAUUUUCAUAGAGCUCCCUGCCCUUCAGGAGCUCUUCUGUUUCCAGAACAAUUUCCGAAGGAUCCCUGGAGCCAUACGAGGCAUGGAGAAUUUGACCCAUGUUUACUUGGAGCGAAACAAGAUAGAAGCUGUAGCCUAUAAUUCUCUGCAAGGCCUCACCAGGCUGAAGUAUCUUAACCUCCAAGACAACAGAAUAAAUGUCAUUCAUGACCAAGCCUUUCAAGAUUGUCAGAAAAUGGAGUAUCUCUAUCUGAAUGACAACUUGCUUAGUGACCUCCCAGAAAACUCCUUUGAUGGGCUGAGAUACCUGAAAAUGCUCAAUCUUGGUGGGAAUUUUCUCAGGAAUGUGUCCAACACCUGGUUCCGGAACCUGGUUCAACUGGAGGUUCUGUACUUGGACCGAAAUAGGGUCAACUACAUUGAAGAAGGGGCUUUUGAAAACCUAACCAGCCUGGUCUCUUUGCAUUUGAACAGUAACAACCUAACUACCCUGCCUUUUUCCGUCUUCCAGCCAGUCUAUUUCCUGGGAAGGCUCUAUCUUUUCCGGAACCCCUGGGAGUGUGACUGCAGGCUUGAAUGGCUGAAGGAGUGGAUGGAGAAUUACAGACUUGUCAGGGAUAUUCCUUGUGUCUCCCCCUCCUCAGUAGCUGGUAUUGACUUGGCGGAUGUGCUAUUUGACAGAUCACCUGAAGGUUACUGUCUUGACCCAGUGGAGUUAAACGUCACGUCCUACAGCCCAACCCCGACUGAAGAGCCUCACUCUACCACAGAGAGCAAGUUCAGCAGCCUUAUCUCCAAACUUCUGCUCCAGGAGGGCCUUCCCGAGGGGAUGGCAAACACCUCUGAAAUAUUAACCAACACCACCCUGUUGGACAGGCUAGGUGAUGAGGUUUCUUCAGGGGUGGGGGAAUAUGCUAUCUCCUGCUCUUUCCACCUCCUGGCACUCAUUACAGCUCAAGCAGUGAUGGUUCUGCAGAGUAAAUAACCCAAGGGCUGCCUCAAGCACGUUGCUAUUUAAGAACUGAGUUUCUGUAGAAUGUAGUCAUUAGAGAGGAGCUGAUGCUGCAGAGUUCAGAUGCUGAUCUGACUCCAAAUUUCCCAGCAAUACAGCGGGUGUUUGGGUCCAGGAGUUUGAUUUGGGCCCAUCUUUGGAAGUAACUAAUCUCCUGGAGGCAGGGAUUUUAUCUUUUUUGUGUUUGUAAAACCCCAUGUACUUUGACAGAACAUUAUGAGAUAGCAGCAAUAAUAAGGAGUUUGAGCCAACUAUUGUCUCUGGGACCGCAGCUUUCCCCCGCUAGAUGUGAACUGAAAGGGCACCUUACUGAAGACAGCACUGCAGCAUAUAUUCAUUUAGGGUCAAUCCUGAUUCCCUGGAAGUCUCUGGAAAAACUCCCACUGAUUUUCAUGGGUGCAGGGAUUGAACUCUAAACUGCGAGCCUCACCCAUAGAUCCUGAGACACAUAAGGAACCUGAUCAUCUGCUUAUGGUGUUUUAUGCUGAUAUAACUCCAUUGACUUCAGUGGAGUUACUUCUGAUUUACACCAAGGUGGGAGGAGAAUCAGAUCUAUUCUAUUCAACAUGCACACCUGCUGCACUACACAGUGUGCACAAUGCCAAGAGGAAGGGGGGAAAGUGAGCAGGUCGGUAGCCCUGUGCUAAGGUCUGUGGCUUAUCAGUCACAUUGGAAAUUGCAUUUGGGAAGAGCAAGCCAUUUUGACUGGGCCUACAUUUUUCUCAUUCUCCCACCGCUGCUCUAAUAUAGUGUUUCUCCAUGACCGGUCUGUGGACCGGGUGCCAGUCCCUGUGAUCGCCCUGACGCAGUUUAGGAAGGCAGCAGGCCGGUUCCUGGUACCCAAAAGGUUGAGAGACACUGCUCUAGCACCUGUACAGCCUCAGUGGUGCUCAGAAGAGUGAGCGCGCUCAUGUAGAGAGGGCAGCAAUGCUUUUUCCAACUUGUCGUCUAACCCUCCUUAGAGCAGAUUUAGAUGACACGGUGGCAAAACCACCAGUGGCCUGUCUAUAUUAGCCCUCCCACCUAAUACCAGUGGAGCUGUGCUGGUGAUAGACCAACAGUGGGGGCACCUGAAGAAAUAUGGCUCUAAAGCAGGCUUCUCUGACCUGGUAAUUUCUUUGGGGCCUGUAUGUGGGUAUACAAACACAAACCAACCCCGCACUCUCUGGGGAGGACAAAACUAAAAGGAAAAUAGACAAGAGACUGGGGAAUAAAUGGCUGAAUGAUGGUGGGUAAUACAGGAUUUCACCACACAAAAACUAAUUUUAGCAGUUUCCCUGUGCUUAAAUCUGUGACUGGCUAUUGCCGGGAAGAAUUGGGGAAACAGAGUUUUAAAAAGGGCUUAAAAAUAUGACUGAUUCUGCAUGUAAGUCACACAGGCCAACCACAAUAGCUUCCACUAGGCCAUUAUUUAACAACUCUUUAGUGGUUGUGUCCUCAAGGAAUGUGACCAUUCCGAGUUAAACAGGUCCACUCCUCGUUUCUGCCGAGCCCCUCACAACUGAAAAGAGGCAGCAAUGGAUGUGGUAAUUAGGCCACAACUUUAUUCACUUAAAAUAUCUGGCAGUAAAUUGUACAGCGCAGGUCACCAUCCUUUCCUUAAUCAUUUCAAAAUAAUCUCCCACCCAGUCCCAGUGCUGGACCCUGCCGCCAUCUCCUUGUAUAAGGUAAAAGAGGACUCAAAGAAGUGGGGUUGGUUCCCUGCUGUUCCAGACACAGGAGCCCAGUACUGUCCUUCCUCAGCUCCCUUAAAGAGAGCUAGAAAAAAGUGUGUGUGGGGGGGAAGGGGACGGGGGGAGUCAGCUCUCUGCUGUACCAGAAAAGGGAACUCCAACCCCUUCCUCAGAAUCCUUAAGGGAUGCUUUCUUUCAGAUCUUUUUUCUGUCCGUUUUAGUGGGUGACUGGACCCUUCCAUAAUGCGUAUGCAUACUGGACACCUGCCACAAGUUUUACCUAUUAAAGGGUGAUAUUAUGACUUAACCCCCCUACCCCACUGUACUGGGUCCCAGAUCUGCUGUGGGAAAGGUGAAAAAAACCACCCUGCCUUGGCCACACUGGCAGUGAGGGAAAGAUUCCUGCCCAGCCCCCAGUGAAAAAACGGGACUAGCAUUAUUUGGGGGGGGAGGGAUAGCUCAGUGAUUUGAGCAUUGGCCUGCUAAACCCAGUGUUGUAAAUUCAAUCCUUGAGGGGGCCAUUUAGGGAUGUGGGGCAAAAAUUGGGGAUUGGUCCUGCUUUGAGCAGGGGGUUGGACUAGAUGACCUCCUGAGGUCCCUUCAAACCCUGAUAUUCUAUGAUUCUAUUCUAUGCCCACAAGAAGGUCAUGAGGAAACCCAGUCCUCUUGCAAGUUUCAUGGGAGAUGGGAGAAAUCAUGGCCAUUUAGCUUAUGCAAAAUGACUGUUCAGCUUAUGAACUUCCAGCCCAGUUGGUUUUUAAAAGCAGAAGUAUCCUCCUCCUCAGUAAAGUGUACCAGCCAAAACAGGGGUCUCUCGGGGCUUAAUGAUAACCUCUAUUGGGCUCUGGUAUUAUUUACCCCACCUUUUCAAAGAAAAACAACUGCAUGACAAUUAACAGCCAGCAAUUUCUGGAGUGGUAAAUAUUCCCAAAUUAAAUCAUGUUAGUGGAGGUAAACUCCUGAUCUGUCUGUAGUUAUAUUCAAUUUUUUUCCCAGUGAGGAUGCCAGAUGGUUUCAUAAAUGCCAGUUUGACCUGUUUGGUGCAUUAAAUUCAAUGACUUUGGCUUUCCAGGCUAUUUAUGAAUGCAUUAAUCUUCUUAAAUGCUAAAUUCAUCUGUGGAUUAUAAAUGGUUGUUUUUCAAAACCGUACCAGCCAAAUGCUGUAGACUAAGUUGAAGAUUUCUUUAGAGGAGCAUUAUUUCACCCCAUCACUGAAGGUUUAUCAAUAGAAAUUUGACACAAGUUGCUAGUGCACUGGGCACAGGGGUUAUUUUUCAUUUCCUACAGAUAGAUAUUUGUUGUAUGAACGGAAUAUUUUUAUCUUCUGCUCCAAGAUACACAAAAACUGAAGGGCAUCUUAUUGUGCAAUUGUUACAGGGAAGCAGAAUGUAGAUUUCAAGUUAACUCUUGCUUCAAAGGUCUUUCUUUUUAAUUCCGAAGAGGCAGGUUAAGCUCUGAAUCUGAAUCAACUCAAAGUUUAUGAUUCAGCUGUGACAUUUGAGAAACAAUAAUGUGGGAUGAGGAACAUGCCACCACAUACGACAUUUUACUGCUUGAUAACAACAGUUAGAAAUUCAGAGUGCUGGGGCAGUGGUCUUAGUUCCUUACAAAUUAUGUAGCCAAAUAGUCUUACCAUUCCCAGAAAGCUUUUUUCCGUAAUAAAUCUGUGGCUGCCUAGAAACUUCAUAGCUGUUAAUAUGCCGUACAGCGUUGCCACUCAACUUCACUGCACCACAGGGGCCAGAGCUCAUCUUCUCCCAAUUGAAAAGCCUACCUGAGCUAAGAAGCAAUCGGCAUGUUAUUACCAGUAUAGAACAUAUGACACACAGUUGAGCAGUUCUACUUCUGUUGAGAAGAGGCCAUAGUAUGUGCAUGUACACACACAGGCAAAUUCAUUAACAUGAAACAGUUUGACUCACAUUGUUAAUACAUUUCCUUAACUCUGGCUGACUGAUUUGGUGACUGUUAGGGGGCUUAUUCCUUCACUCACUUACUGCCCUGGUCCUUCUUGCAUGAACAGAGAGCAACAAUACCAGAAGUCCAAAGGUGCAAACAAUUCAGUGUUUAUUGGGGUGAACUUCCAGCAAGCAUGAUUCCAGUUUCCUUCCUUAGUGUCCCCCUUCCCAGCUCUGACACCACAGAGCCUUACACCUGUGUCCCUGUUCCCAUUCCUGCCCUUAGCCAAACAUGAUUCCAAUUUCCCCACUCCCAUUCCCUGUUCCCAUUUCCCCCACCCACACACUUCCUGAUUGACUGCAGACUAUAUAGUAAAACUUGAGUUCUGCUUAGCUAUACUAACCAAUCAUUUUCCUGAAAUUUAACUAAUCAAUCCUAACAUAUUGUAACAUGGAUUAUGUAACCAACUAUAUCCCACCACCUUAAUUAGUUUACACCCAGCAAAAUUAAUUAUACAGCAGAUAGGAACAAUCACAGAACCAGUCAGAGAUUAUACAGACAAACAAUAGCAAAAAGGGGAACUAUAAUGACAAAACAAUACAGAAGCAAGGAUUUCACAUCCCAGCUAUUGAUAAGUGAGUUCUUGCCAGACAGGAUGCUAUCAAACUAAGUUUCCUUUUACAUUUUCUAGGCACUUCCCUUUCUCUGGAGGCCAUAGGCAUCAUCAGGACAGGAUUGUAUUCCUAACAGCCCAACAGCACCUUCUUUCAAUGUGACUAGUUUGGAAUGUGAGGAUGUGACCGGUCGCUUCCCAGCUUAUGGCUGCCUCUGCUGCUUAGCCAAAGGCCUUAGCCUAAGAACAGGGCCUCAGACCGUCAUAGUAAGAGAAGGCCCUUACACUGGCAGACAGUGAUUUUGAUUCUCUCUUUCUUUUAUACCUCUAUAACUUGCUAAGUGAUAAGAAUACACCUAAAUUCUCAGAGUACAGGCCUUUACAGACAGGCCUGAAUAUCUAUAUAUUCAGUGUUAUAUAUAACAGUGACUCCUCCCCAGUAAAGAAGAAGUCUGGAAAACAAAGGGUUAUGUUUCAUUAACCAAUAGUUGCAAUUGAAAGCCUGGAAGGAGAUUUCAGUGCACCGUGGGAAUUUUAAAGCAUGUGUUGGGCUAUACAUGUCCUGUCUAUUUGUUUACCUUUCACCAAGCUUCUUUCUAAGACCCUAUGUUCUUAACAUACAGAGUAUUACACUGAGGCAUCUAGUAACAGUAAAACUGUUUUUAAAUAACUUCUGUUGAGUAG